AUGUUGCAGGCAAACAAUUCAAAAGAAGUGUUUUACUUCGAAAAAGCAACCAUUGCUGGAACUACAAAGAUGUCAGUAUUAAAUCAAAGUGGAGAGGAGCAGGUGGAGUGCCCAUUGUGCAUGGAACCGCUGGAGGUUGAUGAUCUAACGUUCUUUCCUUGUACCUGUGGUUAUCAGAUUUGCCGAUUCUGCUGGCAUCGCAUUCGUACCGACGAAAAUGGACUGUGUCCCGCUUGUCGCAAGGCUUAUUCGGAGGAUCCGGCCGACUUUAUUCCAUUAUCUCAGGAACAGAUAUCGAAGUUGAAGGCGGAGAAGCGCCAGCGCGACCAGCAGCGCAAGGCGAAGCUGACAGAGAGCAGAAAACAUUUGGCCAGCGUGAGGGUGGUGCAACGCAAUUUGGUGUUUGUGGUGGGAUUGCCGAUGCGACUGGCCGAUCCGGAGGUGCUCAAGCGUCACGAGUACUUUGGAAAGUUCGGCAAGAUACACAAAGUGGUGAUCAACCAGUCGACUGCGUACGCCGGCUCUCAGGGGCCCAGUGCAAGUGCCUAUGUAACUUACAUGAAAAGUGAUGAUGCUUUAAGGGCCAUUCAAAGUGUCAAUAAUAUUACUAUAGAGGGUAGGGUGAUUAAAUCGAGUUUAGGUACUACGAAAUAUUGUUCACACUUUAUGAAAAAUCAGACUUGUCCCAAGCCCGAUUGUAUGUACCUUCACGAUUAUGAUCCGGAGGCGAGCUUCACCAAGGAACAGAUGCACGCCGGCAAGCACCAGGAGUACGAGAAGAAGCUGCACGAGAACCUGCUGCUGCGCACCGCCAACAACAACAACGCCGCCGGCCAAGCGGACGGCGGCCCGGCGGCGUCGGCCAAAUCGGCCAUUCCCAUACCCAAAUCGUCGUCGAAGGAGAACGUCGGCGCGCCGCUGUCGAGCAGCGUCAGCAGCAGUUCCAGCACGACGUCCAACAGCAGCGGCACCAACAAGGAGAAUUGGCCGAACUUGAACAACGGCGACAAGGAGAAGAAGGAUAAGGAGAAAGGUAAAAAGGCGAAGGGCAAAGACGGCGGGGACGCGGCGAAAAAGGCGGACAGAAAGGAGGCGUACAGCGGGAAGAGCGACGGAAAGAUCGACAAGGGGUUUGUUUUAGAAGAUAAGCAGGAUAAAACGGCGUCGUCGUCGUCGCUGAGCGAAGCGAGCACGACGCCGUCGCCGGCCUCGCUGACGGACGUACAAAUAUUGCCUAAAUCGAAAAUAGCAUCUAUCAUCGACGAUAAUACGAGUUUUUUCUCGAUGAAUCCGUUUCAAAAGAUCACGCAAGGUAACCACGCGCCGGACAACGUGGAUAACGACAGCGAAACGACGCAUCCCGCUAGCAUAUUAACCGAUACAUUGCCAAAUAUUAAUACGACUGAAGAUUGGGCGGCCGCCUUCGGAUUCUCCAGAAAUUCAGACGUCAAUUCGGGUAAAAAAGAUGAAAAAGAUGUUUUAGGUUCGUUUAGAAAAGGCUACGAAAUUGGUAAUCAAGAUACAGGAUACAAUAAAGAUAUCGAACCGUAUAGUAACAGCUUCUACGAAAUGUCGUCUAGAAUGCAAGAGAACAUAAUCGACAUGAUAGCUAGUAAAUCGAAUCCGUUAUAUAAGCAAGCAGCCCAUCCCCAGGUGACGACGCUUCCCAAUCACACGCACAACGGCCUAAACGGGCUCGAUCAGAACAUGUCGAAAUAUUUCAUGGAAUUCCACAAAAAUAACAAAGAUGGGGGAAGUACGGGACAACAUCCGCAAUAUUACGGUUACAAUGGCGUACAACAAGGAUAUUAUUCGGGUAUGCAGAACAAUUCGGAACGAAUGAUGCUAUUGCAACAGAAACAAUUAGAGGAACAGUUUUUGAAUCUUAGUUUAAAACAAGGAUUCGGUUCGUUAUAUCCAAAAGGAGCGGACGCCAAUUUCUAUAUGAACGGCGAAAACGGGGGAUUCGGAGGCGUACAAGGACCACAAUAUAAUAAUUCCUCUAACGUUAAGCAGUGUAGUAAAAGUCCCGAAGACGAUUUAGGUUUCGAUCCGUUCCAAGAAACUCAAAAGGCUUUUGCCGACUUGAUGGCUAGCGAACAGAAUCUAAAAUCACACAAUAACAUAGGUCGUAGUCAAAUUAACGGGGUCAAUCUCAAUCAAAACGGUCAUUUGCCGCCGCCGCCGCCCGGCUUUGUGCAACAGAAUUCACAUAUGAACUCCUUCGGUAGUAAAAUAUUACCAUACUUAAAUAUGUCUAAUAGUCAACAACAACAACCACAACAACAAAUCAAUAGUUCAACCCAAAACAAUUGGUCUAGUAAUUUUAAUUCGCAUUUGCAACAACAAGAACAGAAAAACAUAAACAAUACAUGUAACGAUUGGAAGGUAUUAGAUCCGGCGAUUUUGUCAUCUAGCCGUUACUAUCCACAACUUAGAGACCACUAUUCCAAUUUAUCACAAGUAGGUUUACAACAGAUACAAAAUGGCGGAGCGGCGUCGCUGCGGCCGUACGAAUAUACGAAUAACGCCUUUUCAAAUUUCACACAACUACAGCCAAAUUUCAAUAAUUAUUCACAUUUAAAUUCGCAACAGAACGUGAAUUGGUUUAGCAACGACAUAAAUUCUCAGAUAACCAGCCCGCCCGGCUUCAGGAAUAAUCCGGCGACCAAACAGCAAGAGUGUUAA